UUAAAGUGCAAUUUUUAGUUAUGAUGUUGAGUAAAUGUCGAAAUAAGUUUGUUUAAUUUUUAGAUGAAUCUGUACUAUUUUAAGCCGCGUAUUCAAAUCUUUUCGUGAUGGCCACAGAUUGGGAGUGUAUUCCCCACUUUUAUGAAGUACACAAAAAUCCAUUACAAAGCCACAUAACUUAUGAGCAUCCAUUGAAGAUACAUGGAGUGACAGUAAUCGAAAGUAAAGGCACCAAACGUUGCUUGAAAGAUAUUCGGAGUAGCUUCAGUAGCGAUAWUAGUUCACGAGCUUCAUCAAGUAUUUCAUUAUCGGCGGAGCCGCUAACUUUGUCUUUGGAUGGAACGGAUCCGCUGUCCCUAUUUGCACGACAAGAACAAGAAAAUAUGGACCCUUUAACACAGCAGAUGGAAAAAAAUGAUAGUAAAAAUUUGGACGAAGAUAAUAUAAGUUGGGGCGCAAAACGUUUGGGGAUAUUGAAUCGUUACACAACGUCAGAAAAACUGUCUAUUUCGACAAGUUUCCUUUCAGCAGCAAGCUCAGGUGGAGAAGGAAUUAAAUCUCAGACCGUAGUCGCCGACAAAGUAAAAUUUCGCCUGGAGCAGCUAGAUGACUUCGAUGAUGCUUCCAUGAGUCACAUGAUUGAUUUAACUCAACAGGAAUAUAUACAACGUAUUGAACAAUUAAAUCAAGAGUUGGUAACGUCAUGGAACGAUGAUCAACGAGUAAAAUCAUUAAAAAUUGUCAUUCAAUGUUCUAAAAUGCUUGCCAACACUUCAGUACUUAGCUUUUAUCCUAGCCAAUUUGUUCUUAUAACUGAUAUUCUUGAUAUGUUUGGAAAAUUGGUCUAUGAGCGACUUAAUAUUAAAGCAAGCAAUAUUAUAGGCGAUGGAGAUAACAGGAAAUUGAAUGAAGCCGAGCCAUUGUAUGAAAACGCUAGAGAAACUUGUCAAAAUUGGUUUUUUAAAAUUGCUUCUAUUCGGGAACUGUUACCCCGUUUAUAUUUGGAAAUGGCUAUACUCAAAUGUUAUGAGUUUAUAUCACCUAAAGAAUUCGAUAAAAAUUUACUUCGUAUUACUAAAAUGAUCCGUGGUAUUGGUGACCCUUUAAUUCAGACAUAUGCACGGUGCUACUUGGUUCGUAUUAGUCUAAAUGUUACGACUAAUAAAGAAUCUAUAAAAGAAAAUUUUAAGGAUUUCUUAAAAAUCUACAACACGAUUUUUAGCGGAGCUGUUCGUUCUGAACUGAAUCGCCAGCGUGUCAACCAUGAAACAUAUUUAUCAUUGUACAGUCCGGCUUUGGAUUUCAUGUUAUUAGCACUUGUUCACAAAAACAGUAUUUACACAGAAGAAAUAAUGAACGAAUGCAAAGGAACAAAAAAUAAUGGACUACUGUUUAUUUCUAUGCUGAAUGUAUUCCAACCAAAGUUCAUUGCUUCAAACGCAUUGGAAUUCGUUAAGUUACUUGCAAGCUCUAACACAGAAGGCAUUUCGAAAGGACACUUAUUCCGCGCCCUUGGCAUUAGUGUCAGCAACUACCCACCACUUCCAGAGCAAAGGUUACAACUUUUAAAUGGUUCUUUUAAUACCAUAGAUACUUUCACCGAUGCAAUUGAAUAUAUAAACUGUAUAGAAACAUGGACACAAUUUAUUGCAAAAAAUUUCUCUAUAACUGUUAUCAAUGAUCUGUUGGGAACAAUAGCCUUACGAGUGAACGCAAGCCGAACAUAUGAAAGAUUUUAUACUCAGUUGCAAAAUAUUUUAGACAAAAUUUUGCAGCAUUUUGAAAAUACGGAGUUGUUGCUCAUUCAGGAAAACUUUUUACCAUACUUAGAUCUUUUUAAGAAAGAUUCAAAUAGGAUAGUCGUAUGUAAAAACAUUCUGAUAAGGUACCACCAAAAAUCCGAAGAUAAUAUCUCGGAUGAAAUUGUGAUCAAUGCGAUAAUGUUUAUUGGAAAGAUUCUCAGUAACUCUGUAACCGCUCAAUCCGUAGAAGAUGAACGCCGACAAAUCUCGCACUUGAUAAGUAGUUUCAUACGUAAAGUUACUUACACAAAAGAUUUUGAACGACAGCUUAGUUUUUAUGUGGACGCUCGUGAAGCUUUCACAGAUUUGGACGCAGUCUAUAUAACAUUGGUAAAUUCUGUAAAUAAGUUAGCCGUUGGGAUACGACAUGUGAUUAAAGGAAAUUAUACUCAAAAAACUGGAGCGUUUGUAAAAGCAUGCAUAGCAUUCUGUUUUAUUUCAAUCCCCAGUAUUACAGCAAUUCAAAAUCAAAUGGACCUAUACUUACUAACCGGUCAGGUGGCGCUAUUGAAUCAAUGUUUAGGACAGGCGGAUGCGUGUUUCGAAGCCGCCCUUCAAUUAGUGAGUAACUUACCACGAUCCGUGGAAACGGAAGGCAAAUCACUGGAUCUGGAGACGUAUUUGGUAUCUUACCUUUGCAACAUGUUAGCAACAUUAGUGGUAGUACCUGAUAGUCCCGAUCAAGGGGUGCUAUAUCUACUCCGUCUACUACUUUCAGUCGUCACUAAAUUCCCCUUCGAUGCUCAGAGCUCUGGACUGGUCAUCGUUUAUUUGCAAGCUCUAGAUAUGUUGUACAUACAAAGUUUGGAAGAAUUUCCUUAUCACAUUCCCGGCGUUGUUUCAAAUGAUGAACUUUAUGGCCAUGAUCAGAAAUAUCUAACAGAAGUCAAUAAUAUAUGCAGUCAAGUCAUUGAUGACAUCUUAGUUCAACUUAAGAUACUGGGUAGCAAACGCCAAUUACGUACGCAGGCCACACUAGCACUAGAUUUAUUUUUACGUAUCAUCCGGUAUGCUAACCUUAGCCGCGAGAAAACUUUCCAACUGGCUGUCAAUCUUUGGCAUCUUGCUGCAAAGGCGGAGUCCCACAUUAACGUUAAGUUAAUUUCGCAUACAAUACAAAAUGUUGAAUACAUCUACGAACAAAUGAAGAACACAAAUACGCAAAAUGCACGGUCAUUAGCGCGGUUGCUGCACCGAAUUCAGACGAAGUAGUUUAAAUUUUUAUGUGUCUUCACAAAUCCCUCAGUUCCACCUAUUGCAAAAUAUACAUUUGCACUUACACUCCUUUAUACAUGUAUGUUUGCCUCAUAUAAGGAAAACAACUUAUAGGAAAUGCGAAUGCAAAGUGUUUGUGCGUUUAUUUUAAAUUGCAAAACUGUUUGAAAUAAAAUAAUUUACA